AGCCUUUCAUUAAUAAUAGUCUUACACCUUUCUUCCUUUGCCCCUUUAAUUCGUCUUCUUCUUCUUCUUCUCUACCUUCUUCACCAUCAUAGUUAAAGCUUACAAAGGAGGUUGAGACUCUAGACCAAAUUGAAAAUGGUCCGAAAUGGCUCCAAAAUGCCGAGUUUUUGCCUAGCGAAAAUUCGGCCACAUGUUCGAGUCCGUUCACCAACUAUACAAUUGAAAGAGUGUGUUGAUCGUCCUACUAAAACCGAUGAUCAAAGGUCCAAAGCUUCUGAUGGGUUUGCCAAUGAGAAUGAGACUAAGUCCGAAGGCGUCGUUAUUGCUAAAGUUGAGCCACCCGUAAAGGUUGUCGCUAGGAAAGUGAUGAUCGUUGUUGAUUCUAGUGUCGAAGCGAAAAACGCUUUGCAAUGGGCCUUAACGCAUUCGGUUCAAAGUCAUGAUAUUCUAGUUCUUCUCUAUGUCAAGAAGAUUAAUUCUAAACAAGGUGUAACAGGAAAUGAGUUGAAUAAGGAGAAAGCUACGAAAGUCCCUGGUUUCAUUUGUUCUAUGAAGAACAUGUGUAAGAUGAAACAUCCAGAACUACAAGUUGAGAUCUCUAUGGUAGAAGGAAAAGACAAGGGUACAACCAUUGUGGAGGAAGCAAAAAAACAAGAGGUGACAAUGUUGGUCCUAGGGCAAAAAAAGCAACCGAUUACAUGGCGGUUAUUGUUGACAUGGGCCGGUAGAUCACCGAGUGGACAUGGUGGCGGAGUGGCGGAUUAUUGUGUCCAAAACGCCACUUGUAUGGCAGUCGCGGUUAGGAGGAAGAGCAAACGAGUAGGUGGAUAUCUUAUUACAACCAAACGUCAAAAAGAUUUUUGGCUUUUGGCCUAAUUUAACCGUAAAAUUUAUUUAUAAUGGUAUUCUUGUAUUGUUUGUUUUUUACUAUAUUUAAGUAAAUAUGAUGUGUAUAUUUCAAGUAUGAAAUGGGACGUGAUUAUGGUUUUUUA